AUGGCGGCGCCCCAGCAACCUGCUCCCCUCUCCGGGUCGGCGCCCAAGAGGUUCAGGGCGAUGGCCACAGACGUCGCGGCGGCGGCGGAUCCUCCAGCCUCCAGGGGCUGUCCCGCGAUGAAGGCUGAGUUCGCCAAGCACGCCGAGUACCUCAACGCCCUGGUGUUUGGAGGAAUUAGUACGAAGCCAGAUUUUGGAUUAGGCGUCCACUUAACUGAUAUUGGCAGGAUCACAUUGGAGUUCAGAAUGACAAGAGAGAGGCUUGUGAAAGCUAGUCGGGAUGUGACAAUGAACAGCAAAAAGGUCAUCUUUCAGGUCCACAGAAUCACAAAAGUUAACAGGGACGAAGUUCUCUCCAAGGCAGAAAAUGAUCUUGCUGCAGUGGUUAAUCAAUACAUUGCAAAACUAGUAAAAGAAUUACAAGGAACUGACUUCUGGAAGCUCAGAAGAGCCUACACCUUUGGUGUACAAGAAUAUGUUGAAGCUGCAACACUGUGUAGAUUUUGCAAGACUGGCACUCUAUUAAGUCUUGCUGAAAUUAAUGAUUCUUUACUAGCACUAAGUGAUAAAUCUGUUGAGCCCUUACAGUUAAAUGUGCUUGACUAUCUUUUAGGGGUUGCUGAUUUGUCAGGAGAGCUUAUGAGGCUCGCAAUAGGCCGUAUAUCUGAUGGGGAAGUUGAAUAUGCAAAAACUAUCUGUGCUUUUGUACGUGAUAUUUACAGGGAGCUGACUCUUGUGGUGCCUCUAAUGGAUGACAAUAAUGAGAUGAAGAAGAAAAUGGAGGUCAUGCUGCAAAGUGUAGUAAAAAUUGAGAAUGCUUGCUUCAGUGUUCAUGUGAGAGGUUCAGAGUACAUUCCUCUGCUAGGAUCAUCAGCAGACCCAGAUUAUUCCUUUUUUGGUGCCUCGGACUUUGACCAAUGA